UAAUUUAUUUUGGAUUAGGUUUCCCAUGGCAUGUGAACUAGAAGAGCAUUUGAGAUAGAGCAUCUCUUUAUUCUGCAGUGACAGUCCUCAUCAAAAUGGUUGGGAAACUGAAGCAGAACUUGCUGCUGGCGUGCCUGGUGAUCAGCUCAGUGACAGUGUUUUACCUGGGCCAGCACGCCAUGGAGUGUCACCACCGCAUAGAGGAGCGCAGCCAGCCCGCCAGGCUGGAGGCUGUGAGGAGCACGGUGAGAACUGAUGCCAGGGUGAAAACAAACAAAACCUUUGCUUACAACAAAGACAUGCCUUUAAUAUUUAUUGGAGGAGUACCUCGAAGUGGCACUACCUUGAUGCGUGCCAUGCUGGACGCCCACCCCGACAUCCGCUGUGGGGAGGAGACCAGGGUGAUCCCCCGAAUCCUGGCAGUGAAGCAGAUGUGGGCAAGGUCAAGCAAAGAGAAGAUCCGACUGGAUGAAGCUGGGGUCACAGAUGAGGUGCUGGACUCGGCCAUGCAAGCGUUCUUAUUGGAAAUCAUUGUGAAACACGGGGAGCCUGCGCCCUAUUUGUGUAACAAAGAUCCUUUUGCUUUAAAAUCCUUAACUUAUCUUGCUAGAAUUUUCCCCAAUGCCAAAUUUCUUCUCAUGGUACGGGAUGGUCGUGCAUCUGUGCAUUCCAUGAUAUCUAGAAAAGUCACGAUAGCUGGGUUUGACCUUAACAGCUACAGGGACUGCUUGACCAAGUGGAAUCGUGCCAUAGAAACUAUGUAUAACCAGUGCAUGGAGGUUGGGUUUGAGAGGUGUAUGCUGGUGCACUACGAACAACUCGUCUUGCAUCCUGAGAGGUGGAUGAGAACUCUCUUGAAGUUUCUCCGCAUCCCGUGGAACCAAGCAGUGCUGCACCAUGAGGAGAUGAUUGGAAAAGCAGGGGGUGUUUCUCUUUCCAAGGUUGAAAGAUCUACUGACCAAGUAAUCAAACCAGUCAACGUAGAAGCACUGUCAAAGUGGGUUGGGAAGAUACCUGCUGAUGUUCUGCAAGAUAUGCCUGUGAUAGCACCCAUGCUAGCAAAACUGGGCUAUGAUCCAUAUGCCAAUCCACCAAAUUAUGGAAAGCCAGACCAAAAAGUUGUGGAAAACACAAGGAGGGUUUAUAAAGGUGAAUUUCAGCUCCCUGACUUUCUGAAGGAAGUGCCACAGACUGAACCUAUGGAGUAGAAGAUACAAAGGCUGUGUCUUGCACAGAAG